CAGCAUUCCCCCCCAAAAUACCACAGACCAUAUCCUUCUCACCAAUUGGAUCGUGAAAACACCAGAAGAACCCUUAAAAGACUUCCAUUUCGUGCUCCCUCCUCGCCAUAUACGACAUGAGGAGGGCACUACAGUGUACCCGCGCCUUCUCCAAUCUCUUCUUGCCUUCGCUCUACCGACCAACUCCCUCUUCUCUACCGACAUUCGCACUCUCAUGGCUACCCCAGCGGGCAUGGAAUUCUGAGAGUAUAAAGUUACGGGAUUACCAGGAGGACUGCGUUCGAGCUAUUCUGACGAGUAUGAAUGAGGGUGAGCGAAGAAUGGCAAUUUCACUGGCUACUGGUGGGGGGAAAACAGUCAUCUUCACAGAGCUAAUAUCCCGCCUAACUCACCCCGCGCGCCCAGAAGCCGAAAAAACACUCAUUUUAGUACACCGCCGGGAACUUGUCCACCAGGCAGCGAAGCAGUGCGAAAAGCAGUAUCCGGAGAAGGUCAUCGCCAUAGAAAUGGGUACCUCACACGCGAACGUGGGGGCAGAUAUAAUAAUUGCAUCGGUACAAUCUAUUAUAAACCGGCUGGAAAAGUACGAUGCGGAAUUAUACAAGCUUAUAUUGAUCGAUGAGUGCCAUCAUGCGGUUUCGCCGUCGUAUUUGAAGGUCCUCACGCAUUUCCAGGCUAUGGACGUCAAUGAGAGGACGCCGAUUGUUGUGGGCGUCAGCGCUACGGUUUCGAGAUUUGAUGGGGUGAGCUUGGGGAAAGUGAUGGAUAAGCUGGUUUUUCACAUGUGGGUGUUCUUGAAGCGGAGGUUAUCUCCUCCACGCUUUACAACUGUGAGCUCAAGUGUAGACUUAGAGGGGGUCAAGGAUAGAAACGGAGAUUUUGAUAUAAAGGGACUUGGGCGAGCUGUCAACACUGAUACGGCAAACGAUAUUAUCAUACAAACCUGGAAGGACCGAGCAUCAGAGCGUAAAUCAACCCUAGUAUUCUGUGUCGACAUAGCGCAUGUACGCUCAGUAAUGGAUAAAUUCCGCAAAAAUGGUAUUAACGCACGGGAAGUCACCAGCAGAACCUUAAUCCAAACCCGUCGGGAGUGCCUGGAAGAGUUCAAAGCUGGGAAAUUUCCUGUGUUGGUUAACUGCGGUGUUUUUACUGAAGGAACCGACAUUCCAAACAUCGAUUGUGUAAUACUCGCGCGUCCGACCCGUUCGAAAAAUCUGAUCACGCAAAUGAUCGGUAGAGGCUUGCGCAAAUCGGAGGGUACGGGGAAAACCGAUUGCCACAUAAUUGACAUGGUAGCAAACCUCUCCCGCGGAAUUGCUACAGCGCCAACACUCUUCGGUUUAGAUCCGGACAUGAUAAUCUCUGAAAUGACACCAGACCAAAUGCGCGCCGAGGCAGCCAAAAAAGCAGAAGCGCGGCAGAAAGCCGAGGAAAAGGAGAAGCGCCUUCUUCUGGCCGUUACCCCACCGCCACCGCCGAUUCAACUAGAAUACACAGACUACGACAGCAUCUGGGACUUGCUGAGCGACAGUCGCGCCGAUCAAGUUAUCUAUACAAUGAGCAAGUUGGCGUGGGUUUCCAUCUAUCCGGGUAAGUACGUUUUAAGUUGUGCCCGGAAUGGAUACAUCACGGUGGAAAGGGACCAUAGCGGGUGGUACAAAGUGGAAGAAUUCCGCGCUUUACCGCCAGAAAUGGGGCUCAGGGGGUGGGCGCGGCCAAAGCUCGUCAUGUCUGGUAUCGAGCAUCUAGACGCAGUCAUCAGGGGUGCUGACACCUACACCCUGAAUACCUACCCCAGAAAACUAGUGGCGCGCAGCUCUGAAUGGCGCAAACUCCCCGCCACGGAUCAGCAGCUCGAGUUCCUGAAGAAGUAUCGCCACGACAAGGAUUGGGAGGACAUGCGCAAGGCGGGAACACUCACGAAGGGCAAGGUCGGGGACAUUAUCACCCGCGUGAAGCACGGCACUGUGCGCCGGUUCGAGGAGGGGAGGAAGGAGCAGAGGAGGAAGGAGAGGGCGGAGGCUAAGGAGCGGAAAAGGAGACAAAGGGAGGAGGUUAAGUUAGGGUCACUUGAGUAG